AUGAUAAGUGUAGAUGAAGAUCAUGUUUGGGAAGAAUAUGUGAAGUCUCAUGACGAUGCUAGAGGUUUUUUAUUUAAAGUUAUAGAAAAUUGGGAUGAUAUAGUAGAUUUGUGUGGCAAAGAUAGAGCCACUGGAGAGGGCGUUGAAAUAGGUGCAGAUGCAACUGAGGUUAUGACUCCUACUAAUGAAGUUGAUCAUGUUGAUUUGGAUGGUGAUACACAAGAUUUAGAAGAUAUUCAUGUUAUUGAUGAUAUUUCACCAACCUCAACAAAUGGUCAAAAGAGAAGAAAUCGUGCAUCAAAUUCUUCUGGUAUUCUUCAUACAAAGAAAAGAGGUGUUGUCAAAGAUGUUAUUGCUGAUUUGAUUGCUAGAAUGGCUUUAUCAUUUGAAGAGUUUAUCCGUGCUGAUACUAAGAACCUUGAUCCACCAGAGGUAUAUGCUGAAGUACAAGCAGUACCAGGUCUUAGUGAAAAUGAACAACUCAAAGCAUGUGCUUGGCUGAUAGAAAAUGACAAACAAUUUCAGAUGCUAAAGGCAAUCCCAAUUGAGAAAAAAGAGAGUAUGUUGCUGAUGGUUAUUGCAUGUGGGGAGUGA